AUCUGACCUGAUCCUCCAAGACGAUCCGAGGUCCUGGACUCCGAGGGAGCAUCUGCCUUCCGGUUCGAGUACCACUGGCACGACAUGCGUCUGCAUCUGUGACUGAUGCGGCUCAUAGACAGAAGCCCUGACGGUCUGUGUUAAAUGGACGAUGGCAGUAUGCUUGGGCGAGCCCCCUCAUUCCUCAUAGUGUUCACUACGAUUUGUUCCCAAUCGCAACAAAUCUUCAACAAGGUGGCCGCGAGGAAGAUAAGGCACUUUGCUCUGGAUCUAAGCUUUGUCUCGCUCGGCAUAAGGACAGGCUAUCUUUUUGAUGCCUUUGCCGUCUCGGGCCGCCGCCCUGCCGUUUUCACUGAUCUUCUCGUCUCCCUACGUCAGGCUGUCCCAGCGUUCGAAGACGUUAUCAUUCUCCAUGAGCCUAUCUCCGACCAACUCUUCUUCGUGAACUUUGCGCUGCUGGAAGAACGAUGUGUACAGCAACCGGGAUACGGAAUCGGACACGACUUGGAACGCCAGGGCAAUGCGGAGCAAUGGCCUAACUUUGUGCAGUUAUUUCAAGUGCCCACGCUGGUGAGGAUCCCUACUCAAGUUGAUAGUCUCCUACGCGAACUCCGUGCGAGGGGCGAGAAGCGCGCCGGUCUCCAACGUCCAGUCGUCCUCGCCAUCACUCAACCACUUGUUAUCACGGAUUCGGUCCCCCUCGCGGCUGUCUUGUUGGAGUAUCCGGUCGCAUAUGUGCCUGCGGAUGCAGAUCAGACAGAGUUCUUGCCUGGUGUCCUCCUGGACGUCUACCACUGUGUCAUUUCCCUCGCUGACACUACCCUCGACGACACUCGAGGAGCUCCCGGAGACGCACGCGAGCAUACGCUCCUCAAAUUCUCAUGUCCUGCCUGUCUAGCUGAGCAAGACACGAGCCUGUCGCCGGCUAGAAUGAUGGAUAGACUACGGGUCAGUUUCGGUGCAAGACUGAAUGCGGCGGAGGGCCAAUGGAGCCUGGCUGUGCGGCACACGACGGAGGCACACGAUAGAGUAUCGCUCUAGCCUUGACCCACGUCACGACUCUCCCACAGUAUGGUGAAGGAAUAGAUACCAGGCACGGAGCGCGAAG